CCCCGCGGCGGUGGCGGCGGUGGCGGCGAUGGCGGCGAUGGCUGGGAGGGCGGCCGCGCUGCGAAGAUCAGGAGCACGCUUCCGGUGGCGGACGCGAGUCGCCGCCGGCGGAGUGCGGGGCGCGGCCCAGAACGCAGCAGGGCGGCAGGACUAUGAUCUCCUGGUGAUUGGCGGGGGAUCCGGCGGGCUGGCCUGUGCCAAGGAAGCUGCUCAGCUGGGAAAGAAGGUGGCCGUGGUAGACUAUGUGGAGCCUUCCCCCCGAGGCACCAGGUGGGGCCUCGGUGGCACCUGUGUGAAUGUCGGCUGCAUCCCCAAGAAGCUGAUGCACCAGGCAGCGCUGCUGGGGGACAGGAUCCGAGAUGCCCCCCACUACGGCUGGGAGGUGCCCCAGCAGGUACCACAUGACUGGAGAAAGAUGGCAGAAGCUGUUCAAAACCAUGUGAAGUCCCUAAACUGGGGGCACCGGGUGCAGCUGCAGGACAGAAAAGUCAAAUACUUUAACAUCAAGGCCAGCUUUGUCAAUGAGCACGUGGUUUGCGGUGUCACAAAAGGUGGGAAAGAGACUCUGCUUUCGGCUGAGCACAUUGUCAUCGCUACUGGAGGGCGGCCAAGGUACCCCACAAAUAUUGAAGGUGCCUUAGAACAUGGGAUUACAAGUGACGACAUCUUCUGGCUGAAGGAAUCCCCUGGAAAAACGUUGGUGGUCGGAGCCAGCUACGUGGCCCUGGAGUGUGCUGGCUUCCUCACCGGGCUCAGCCUGGACACCACUGUCAUGAUGCGCAGCAUUCCUCUGCGGGGCUUUGACCAGCAAAUGUCGUCCUUGGUCACGGAGCACAUGGCUUCUCACGGUACCCAGUUCCUCAGGGGCUGCACCCCCUCAAGAGUGAAGAAGCUCCCGGAUGGCCAGCUUCAGGUCACCUGGAAGGACCUUGCAUCGGGCAGGGAGGACAUGGGCACAUUCGACACCGUCCUGUGGGCCAUAGGUCGAGUUCCAGAAACCAGGAGUCUGAAUUUGGAGAAGGCUGGAGUAAACACCAACCCCAACACUCACAAGAUCCUGGUUGACGCUCAGGAAGCCACCUCCGUCCCCCACAUCUAUGCCAUCGGAGACGCAGCAGAGGGGCGGCCUGAGCUGACACCCACGGCUACCAUGGCAGGGAGGCUCCUGGCCCAGCGGCUCUGUGGCCAGUCCUCAGACCUGAUGGACUAUGACAACGUCCCCACAACAGUCUUCACCCCACUGGAAUAUGGCUGUGUGGGGCUGUCAGAGGAGGAGGCCGUGGCACGCCAUGGAGAGGAGCAUGUGGAGGUUUAUCAUGCCUUUUAUAAACCCCUGGAGUUCACAGUGGCUGAACGGGAUUCAUCCCAGUGUUACAUAAAGAUGGUGUGCCUACGGGAGCCCCCGCAGCUGGUGCUGGGCUUGCACUUCCUCGGCCCCAACGCAGGCGAAGUUACUCAAGGAUUUGCUCUGGGGAUCAAGUGUGGGGCCUCCUAUACGCAGGUGAUGCGGACGGUGGGCAUCCACCCCACCUGCGCUGAGGAGGUGGCCAAGCUGCGCAUCACCAAGCGCUCGGGCCUGGAGCCCACCGUGACGGGCUGCUGAGGGUAAGCGGCCAUCCCUGCCAGGCCCAGGGCACACCGCACGCCUGCUGCUCCCACAGACCAGUGCUUCGGAGGCUCAGAUCCAGGACAAUGGAGACCACGCCCAGGCGAGCCUCGCCCCUGCCUGGAGAGCCCCUGAGGUAGACUGUGUGGGGCGGCGUGUCUGGAUGGCUUGCCCCUGUGUCCUGCGGGGAUGGCUCCGCCGGGGCUGUCAGCCCCACACCUGUACCUCGCACCCCCUCCUGCCUGGGCCAGCCCGGCCAGGCCCCGGAUGCCAGACAAUGACGACCUGUGCAGAAACCCACCCUAUGGGCUGCGCAUGUCCGAGCCCCCUGGCGUUUCUGGAGUACAAAUAAAGAGGGUGUUUUCCUGAAGCGUG